GGCAUUGCAAGAGUUGUGGAGAAGAUGUUGGUGUUAAAUUGUUCUACCAAGUUGUUGAUACUGGAGAAGAUGUUGAAGAGUCAUUUUCCUGAGUCACUCAAGGUGUUUGGAGCAGUGAUGAACAUAAACCGUGGGAAUCCUUUUCAAAAGGAAGUGGUGCUGGAUUCAUGGCCAGAUUUCAAGGCUGUCAUCACUCGGAGACGGAAAGAGGCUGAGACGGAUAAUCUUGACCAUUAUACUAAUGCCUAUGCUGUGUUCUACAAGGAUGCCCUGGCUUACAGACAACUCAUAGAAGAUCAUGACGUUAUUAAUUGGGACCAAGUUUUUCAGAUACAAGGGCUUCAAAAUGAAUUAUAUGAUGCUUCUAAAGCUGUUGCUGACCCAAAGCAGUUGACUACAAAGCUAACUUCCUUUAUGGCUGUCCAUUUUUCUCCUGUUUCAUCUCCUCCAGACACCCAUUUUCUAACAGAGUCUCCGCCACGACUAACCUACCUGAGUGUUGCUGAUGCUGAUCUGCUCAACCGGACUUGGUCAAGGGGUGGCAAUGAGCAAUGUCUCCGGUACAUUGCCAAUCUCAUUUCCUGCUUCCCCAGUGUGUGUGUCCGCGAUGACAAGGGAAACCCAGUUUCCUGGGCUCUCACAGACCAGUUUGCCACCAUGUGCCACGGCUAUACCCUCCCUGAUCAUCGUAGGAAAGGUUACAGCCGGCUGGUGGCCCUCACACUAGCCAGGAAAUUGCAAAGCCGGGGAUUCCCUUCUCAGGGAAAUGUCCUGGAUGACAACAAGGCAUCGAUUAGCCUCCUAAACAGUGUUGGCGCUGAGUUCUUGCCCUGUCGUUUUCAUAGGCUUAUUCUUACCCCUGCAGCUUUCUCUGGUCUAACUCAGUGAAACUUCAGUAAUUUUCUUGUUUAAAAUACAUUUUUAUUUUGAAUUUUUGAAUUAUUGGUACAAUUUCGUAUAGACUGGGAAUCCCCCAGGAAACUCCCACCCCGACAUAUUUUCCCCAUUUUGCUACAAUGGUAUAGUCCUUCAGCAAUUUUCUUUCCUUGCCUGACCAUAAACACACUUUUACAUGGCAAUGGGGGGUAAUUAAAACUAGAAUCAGAAGCAUUUGGGUUUUGAAAGGGACGUGGAAAAGACAUGCUGGG